AGAAGAAGAAGCUCCCCUACGUCAUUGGCUGCAGCGCGUCUGACAGCCAAGAUGGCGGCCACAAUGUUGAGGUCGCUCUCCAAACUAGGACGUCCUUCAACAAAAUUCAUAUUAAAUAACAACUUGCUGAGUCCUGGCUGUGCUGCUCUGCAAACUAGACAGAAGCAAUGGCAGCCAGAUGUGGAGUGGACAGAGCAGUUUGCUGGUGCAGUGAUGUACCCUACUGCUCUUAAUGAGAAUUGGAAGCCGCCACCAUGGAAUGACAAAGACCCCCCUGCUGAGAGGGAUGUGUCCAACCUCACCAUCAACUUUGGCCCACAGCAUCCUGCAGCUCACGGCGUGCUCCGUCUGGUGUUAGAGCUCAGUGGAGAGUCUAUUAAGAAAUGUGACCCCCACAUUGGCCUGCUUCAUCGUGGCACAGAGAAGCUCAUAGAGUACAAAACCUACCUACAGGCUCUGCCCUACUUUGACCGUCUGGAUUACGUGUCCAUGAUGUGUAAUGAGCAGGCAUAUUCUCUGGCUGUCGAGAAGCUGCUCAACAUCCAAGCUCCACUUCGUGCACAGUGGAUCAGAGUGCUGUAUGGCGAGCUCACUCGCAUCCUCAACCACAUCAUGGCCGUCACCACACACGCCCUCGACAUCGGCGCCAUGACCCCUUUCUUCUGGAUGUUUGAGGAGAGAGAAAAGAUGUUUGAGUUUUAUGAGCGAGUGUCUGGAGCCAGAAUGCACGCUGCUUACGUCAGACCUGGUGGAGUUCAUCAGGAUUUACCCCUGGGUCUACUGGACGACAUCUAUGAGUGGUGCAAGAAUUUCUCCAUUAGAAUUGAUGAAGUAGAAGAGAUGUUGACCAAUAAUCGUAUCUGGAAGAAUCGUACUGUUGACAUUGGGGUGAUUUCUGCUGAGGAUGCACUCAACUAUGGCUUCAGUGGAGUGAUGCUGAGAGGCUCAGGCAUCAAGUGGGACCUGAGAAAGUCUCAGCCCUAUGACAAAUACGAUGAGGUGGAAUUUGAUGUUCCCAUUGGAAGCAAUGGAGACUGCUAUGACAGGUAUCUGUGCAGAGUGGAGGAGAUGAGGCAGUCUCUAAGGAUCAUGCACCAGGCGCUCAACAAAAUGCCAGAAGGAGAGAUUAAGGUGGAUGACGCCAAGGUGGCCCCGCCCAAGAGGUCUGAGAUGAAGAUGUCCAUGGAGUCUCUGAUCCACCACUUUAAGCUGUACACAGAAGGCUAUCAGGUCCCCCCAGGGGCCACAUACACAGCUGUGGAGGCACCCAAGGGAGAGUUUGGUGUUUAUUUGGUAUCGGACGGUACAAGCAGACCCUAUCGCUGCAAGAUCAAAGCUCCUGGAUUUGCUCAUUUGGCUGGUCUGGAUAAAAUGGCCCAAGGACACAUGUUGGCUGAUGUAGUGGCCAUUAUUGGCACACAGGACAUUGUGUUUGGUGAGGUUGACCGUUGACGUGAUGCUGCUCAUGUGUUGCUUCUUUGAACAGAGUUCAGUCUUUGUUAAACACAUCUGUGUCGGGUUCAGUUCCUGUUCACUAUUCCCUGUAGCGAGGCUUUUGACAGACGCCUGCGUCUAAUCAUUGAUGUACAAUGCCCAAAUAAACCCAAUAAAUAUUUUAUGACUGAA